CUAUUGUAACAGCCAUACACAAUAGCCAUAUUUUGCAUGCUCUUGUGUUCCACAUAAGUCUAUUGUUGAGAAUAAGAUUAAACAGAGGAAGGAUUGUGUACUUUGUUCUUCAUUUCCUAUUAAAUGGAUCCAUCAAAAGAAAACAAAAGGCAGUUUCUGUCUCUCGGUCUACAACACUUUGUCUGCAUCUUUAAAACUGUUCUAAUGCUUCCGCAAAUCAAACCGCUCUCCUGGUAUGAGGUGGUGGAUGAGUCUAGUCAUGCCCUCAGGCAGAGAUCUCCACCCCCAAUGGAAAAAGGAAGAGUCAGAAAGGGCUGGUCUCUCUUGGCACUGCAGAGGUGCAGCGGCACAACAAUUGGCUUACUUCAACACUUACCUGUUCUCAACCACUGUAUGCCAUUCAGGAGUAGACAACAAAAAAGCAGCACUUUUAGAGGAAGAAAGCGGCCGGACGGCUCACACACGCCGAGACCAACUCAAACCUCCAAAAACCACUUGAAUUUAUAUUUUAGAGCAAAAAUGACGACUGCACCAUAUAACUAUUCCUAUAUUUUCAAAUAUAUCAUUAUUGGUGACAUGGGGGUUGGAAAGUCAUGUUUACUCCACCAGUUCACAGAAAAGAAAUUUAUGGCCGACUGUCCUCAUACAAUUGGCGUUGAGUUUGGCACACGGAUUAUUGAAGUGAGUGGGCAGAAGGUGAAGCUUCAGAUUUGGGACACUGCUGGACAGGAGAGAUUCCGCGCCGUCACACGCAGCUACUACAGAGGAGCCGCAGGGGCCCUCAUGGUGUAUGACAUCACCAGGCGAAGCACAUACAACCACCUCAGCAGCUGGUUGACUGAUGCCAGGAAUCUCACCAACCCCAAUACUGUGAUCAUUCUAAUUGGUAACAAAGCAGACCUAGAAGCCCAGCGUGAUGUCACAUAUGAAGAGGCCAAGCAGUUUGCUGAAGAAAACGGUUUGUUAUUCCUCGAGGCAAGCGCAAAAACAGGCGAGAAUGUGGAGGAUGCAUUCCUUGAAGCCGCAAAGAAGAUCUACCAGAACAUUCAGGACGGCAGCCUGGACCUGAAUGCGGCCGAGUCAGGGGUCCAGCAUAAGCCCACCGCUCCCCAGGGUGGCCGGCUCAGCAGUGACGCACAGCCCCAGAAGGAGGGCUGCAGCUGUUAAUGACCAUGAAGACUUCACUCUCUCUAUAUUUCUCUAUUCUUUCUUCUCCCACAUCCCACCUUUGCCUCCCUCUGUAUCUAAAAGCCUCUCCCCUUCCGGUAUGAUUGCUCAUGGAGUCUGGGGCCAGAUGGCUCUGGAGGUGUAAUGAAAUUAAUUCCCUCCUUACUGCUCUCUUCUUCCCUUCCUCCUCUUCUCCUGUCUUCCCUCAGUUGUUUUGCUUAUUUCUCUUAUGCACCCAUCCCAGUGCUCCCAGGAAGCACUCGAGGGAGGACGGCUCCUCCGCUGAACACUAAACCUGAAGAGAGAAGAUUAUUGUCGAUAAACUGAAGAAAUGCUGGGUUUAUCCUUUACAGACGUGAUGUGCAUAACCAUAAACUAAACAUCUCAUGUACAGGAGCUGUCUGAAUACUAGAGUAAUGUAAAUGAAACCGAAAUAUUGGCAGACGUUAUUCGUGUUGACAUGAUGAAGUGAUCAGCAGGAUAUGCAUCAAUAUUGUAACAUUUUGUUAAACAUUCUAAAACUGAAAUAUUGCAUUCUGUUUGAAAUUAGUUUUUGCAGUUUCACAUCCAAUCACCAAAUAUUUAUCCCUGUUUGUACCUAUUCAGGAAAUAAUAUACAUGUACUAUACAGGAUUAGUAUUGUUUUGAGAAGAAUCUCAAUGGAAGGUCCAUUGUAAAAAAAAAAAA